UGCUCUAUCUCUUCUCUGUCUCACCAUCAUCCCAGGGAAAAUAACUCAUAUCUCUCCUUCUCUCAUAUAUAUCUUGAUGAUUUUGAAUGGGAGAGCUAUCUGGAUAUGUAUUGUUGAAGAGAGAUCCAGGCGCACCUAUGAGUUUUUUCAGAAUUUUGAUGAGGUGUUUUCCGUUUUAGCACUUUUUGUGGAGUAUAUCUCUAAAUUGACCUUUAUACAUCAGAGAAAUACCAGAAUGCAGGGAGAAAGAAGGAUCUGGAUUUCACAUUGGCUUCAGAUUAUCACAAAGGCAACUACUGGUCUGCACUACAGUCAUAUUUAUGCAUUGGAGGAAAGAUAUCAAGAAGUAUUACGGGAAAAAUCACAGUCUCAGUCUGAUAUUGAUCAAUGUGAAGCAUAUUACGAAGCUGCUGGGGGAACAAGGAAGAGAAGAAUAUAUGGUCUUGGAUCUCAAGCACAAAAUUAUGCACUAACAAUACUUGAUGGAUGUGUGGGUUCUUUUGGUAGUUGAUAGCUUGGUGUUGUCGGUGUUUUGGACUUAACGAUUAGGAUUCCGCUAUCUAUUUUGAAUCUUUUUUAUAAAUAUUAUUUUAUGUGAAUGUCAGUUAUUUUUAAGGGUAUUUAUUACUUUGUAUUUA